AUGUUCCUUUCGCCACGGAAAAUGGCUCAGCGAUCAUUCUUCAAUACGAGGCAUUCGAUGCCAAAGGCUUGUGAGGGUUACCAUUCGACGUCCUUCGGUGGUCAUUUUGCGGAUGCAGUAGGUCAUGUCGUCGAGCCUCAAUUAUUGGGUGUAGCGACGACUAGAACAACCCCAAUCAGUAGACCGUGGUUCAGGUAUACGUUUCGGUCAUUUGACUAUCUCUUCAAUUAG